CCAGAAUGGCGGCGGCCGUGCUCCUGGGCCGGACGGGUCUCUCUUCUCCAGGACAGGACAGGGCCUGAGGGCGGCAGGGCAGCCAGUCCUUCGUCCAUGGAGGCCCCGGGUUGUCCGUCCGUCUCCAGAGAGGGUCGGCAGGAGGAGUCCGGCCCAGGACGGCCCGCGGCCCGCUCCCUCCUCUGCCUCUAUCUGCUGGGCUUCAUGGACCUUUUUGGUGUGAGCAUGAUAGUUCCUUUAUUAAAUCUCCACAUGAAAUCUCUUGGAGCGAGCCCAAGCACUGCUGGAGUUGUAGGUUCUUUUUAUGGCGCUCUCCAGCUCUUUUCCAGCACAAUUGUGGGUUGCUGGAGUGAUGUUUCAGGACGAAAACAUUCCCUACUGGUCUGUAUCCUGUUCAGUGCCCUGGGCUAUUUUCUCUUGGGCCUAUCUACCAGUAUAAUCUUAGUGGCCAUCGCUAGAAUCCCUGUGGGCAUUUUCAAACACACUCUCUCCAUCUCCAGAGCCCUGCUUUCAGAUCUGGUUUCUGAAAGAGAGCGUCCCCUGAUCAUAGGGCAGUUUAAUGCAGCGUCAAGCAUGGGCUUCAUUCUGGGACCUGUGGUCGGCGGAUACCUUACUGAGCUAGAGGGAGGAUUUUACCUAAUGUCUUUUAUCUGUUUUUCCAUCUUCAUUCUGAAUGCCGGGCUCGUCUGGAUAUCUCCGUGGAGUGAAGCUAAUCUGGGCUGUGCCAAGAAGGGCCUGCAAAACAGCAACACGCAGAUGCAGAUGGUUGCUGAAAAGGCAAAAUGCCAACGACAGGUUUAUCCAGCACCAACCGAGCCCCCUCCUUCUCCAAGCCCAUGUGCUCAAGCGACAUCCAUUUUGAGGAACACCAAGACCUUGGUUUUCUCUGAGAUGUGGGACAUCUUCCUCGUGCGCUUGCUGAUGUCCGUGGCGGUCAUGCUGUACCACAGCAAUUUUGUUCUGGCCAUUGAGGAACGAUUCGAGGUCAAACCCAAGGUGACUGGCUACCUCAUAAGUUACUGCAGCGCCCUGGGAGCCCUCGCCGGUUUCGCCCUGGGCCCAGUGACACGACUCUACAAACAGGACACAUAUGCCAUCCUGCUCCACUCCAGCAUGCUCACAUCUGGGCUGCUGCUACUGUACUCAACCACACUCAGCAUUUGGGGCGUGGUCUUGGCCUCCACCCUCUUGGCUUUCUCAACCGCGAUAGGCAGGACUUGCAUCACGGACCUUCAGCUGGCUGUCGGGGGGUCCCAAGCCAGCGGUACCCUGAUCGGCGUGGGCCAGUCCGUGACGGCCAUCGGCCGCGUAGUCACCCCGCUCCUCUCGGGAAUCGCCCAAGAGUUCAGUCCUCGGGGUCCUCCAGGUCUGGGCGCAGCACUAGCGUUUGUCGCCGUCCUGGUAAUGGCAGCCAACAGACGCCGCUACGGGGCCAAGGUGAAACGUAAUUAGAACCGGUUCUAUUGGGACUGCCACUUGCGGGAGUAAGAGGAAACACCCAGGAAACCAGAGUCAGAGAUGGAUGCAGUUACAGCGCAGGGAGCGUGAGAGGGGGCUAUGAUGGGCCCGGUAGGUGCUCUGGGAAUAGACAGUCCAUAGGAAAGUAUAGUGCCUCGCUCAGUUUUCCACUGGGCCCCGAGGGCUCUGCUGAGUUGAUUGCAGUGGGGUCAAAAGUCAAAGCUAGAAUGUUGAUGAUUGGAGUUAAGACUUCUCCCAGAAGUCUCCCAGAUCAGAUGACUGCCUAGAAAAAUUUCUGCUUCCAUGCGUGCUGAGGAGGGUAAAAUUUUACAAGGAAAUAAGAUCCUGGUAAACGAAGGAGGCUGUAGAAGAAUUAGACCCUCUAUGUGGAGUGGAGAAAGAAAUAGGCCACUCAUGGGACAUAAGUUGCACUUUAAUAGAACUUUGAGUGGCUGGGAUAGAAAUGUAUUGUUAAAUCACAGGUUCCACCCAAAAGAACAAUGAACUGUUUUGUCUGGGGAACCGGGUGCUGGUUUCAGAAAUGCCUUCUCUGCUUGGGAAUCACAGAGGUUGAAGUAGCUUCCGCUUGGACCAAAUGUCAUUCUGUCUAGGUACAAAAAUGUUUUUCAAAAAAACGAUAUCUAGUAGAAGCUUGUCAGCUAAAGAUCUGUAUUUUUGAUCCUUGAUUGAUCGAUAGUGUUUAUUGAAUUUGUACUGAGUGCAGAGCACUGUGCUGAGCUCUUGUGAGAGUACACCAGAAACAAAGCACACAUUCCUUGCAUUUAGAAUAAGGAGAAGGAUUUUCAAGCUGAAGGACCAAAGGUGAGCAUGUUGUCAGAGAUGGGAGAGUCGAAAGUGAGAUAGAUUUAGAAGAUGAGGUCAGGAGGAGCAAAGUUUGUAUGUAAAGAGCCAACAGGUAAAAAGAGAAUGUUUAGCAUUUCUCCACCAAUUUCCACUUCCUCCCAAGGGGAAAUAGGUAGCCAACUAGAGGUUUUGAAGAUGGGGAGUGAUGUGUGCCAAGUAAUGUUUUAGAAAGAUUAUCCAGGCAACAAUGUUUAUUCAUUAAUGUCAGGGAGCAGGGAGAGGCUGGAGGCAAGGAGGUCAUUGAGGAAGCUGGUGUUCAUUAAGUAGCCUUGCCAUAAGAUGAGAGCUUAAAACGAGGUAGUUGGGAGGAAGAGGAAUGAGUUGUAUCUAGUAAAUACUUUUGAGAAAUACUGGGAGAAUUUAGCAGUCGGUAGAAUGUAUGAGGGGGACAAGGUGAUGAGGAUUGAGGAUGACAGUAAAGAUGCAGAUUUGCAAAGUAAUGUGUAAGUAUUUUUUGACUUUUAAUGAUGCUGAUACAAAGAGUAAAGAUUAUAGGAGCCUGUCCUGACUGUGACAGUGGCAACUGGUUCCCUAUCUGCAAGACUUCUACAUUUACAUUUAGAGUCCUCUAGGCUGUAAGUGCCUUGUGGGCAGAGAACGUCUACCAUCUCUGCUAUGUUGUAUUCUCCCAAGCACUAAUACGGUGCUCUGCACAUAGUAAGCGCUCAUGAAAUGAGAUUGACUGAGCACAAAGUAGGUGGGAGAUUAUAGGCUUUAAAUCCAAUCCAUCCCACUGGAAAGAGAAAUCUACUGAGUUUCCAUUUGUUUCCAGUAAUAAAGAACAAUGCUAUCGUUCAUCAAAGCACUUUGAGGACUAUGGCCUAGCACAGAAUUUUGGAGUCAGAUGAAACGUUGACUGGGGUAUUCACCCUGCCUGAGAUGAGAACUUCAGGAUUGAAUUUCUUGUAACAUGCUCAUCUCCCAUUUGGGACCGACUGCCUGCAUUCACAUACUUUUUAAGGCCCAGGAAGAAUCUAUUUGCAUAUCUUCCAAUCAAUCUGCCAAUCAGUGGUAUUUAUUGAGCACUUACUGGGCACAGGUCAGUGUACUAAGUGCUUGGGAGGGUACAGUACAAAAGAGUAGGUCUAAAUGAUCUCUGCCCACACGGAGCUUACAAGCUCGACCUUGUUAGUUUUUAUCACUGAAGUCCAUAAUGGUGGGGGCACAGUCACUGGGGUAGAAUUGAGGAGCCUGAAAAUUUGGAUCAAGUUAAUACACUAGGGAAGCACUGUCAAGUGCUCUUAAUUUUUGUACAAGUGUACAAGAUGUACAGGUUCCUCAUUUUCCCUCAAUUAAUAAUUAAUGAUAUUGAUAUUAGACUAGUAUCCCUCUGCAGAAAUUUUAGGUUGAAAAAUCGUCCAAGUACAGUAAUGGCAAAGGGAUCACUGAUCCCAAGCUGUUUCCGUUUGAACACAGAUGAUCUAUGUUGUUUUUUCACCCUAACUGGUGCUUAGCAGUAUGAGGCAGAGGAAAACUGGGGGUUUAAUAAUGGAGUUGCGAAAGGAUUAUGCACUUGGCAGAUCUUGAUUACAGGAAAAUGUCGAGGCAUGUUUUCAGAGGGUGAAAGGGAAAUCCACCCUUCCUAGUUGAAGAUGAUGUAAAGGGCUUCACAAUGCAAAUAUUUCAUUGCUCUGCUCUCUUCCUCUCACUCCAUGAGAGCAAUGUGACUCCCAUUACUACUGAUUGAAGCUCACCAUUUGCUAACUCCCAAUUUUCAGGGGCUAUUUUGGUGCAAAAGCUCGCAUGUUCUCCCUUAGAAAAGGUUAGGUUCCCCCUCUAAAUGAACCCAAUUAAAGCCAUUACAUGGACAUAAAGUGACUAAUUUCAUCCUUGGUACCUUUGGAUCAAAAAUUAAUGUCAAGCUGUAAAACCUAAAUAUCCAAGGUAAAAUUCCAUACAAGAGAAAGAGAACUACAAGUUGUCUAUUAAGAACCCAAUCAGUGUGAUUACUGAAUCAGACCAUUGAUCCCUCCUGCCAAGAAUCCUGGGAGUAAUCCUGGGAUGCUUAGGGUAACUUUUGUGGUGGGCGCCUUCACUGACAUCCGUCCUCAAGCUGUCCAAGCUUUUGGAUCGGUAUCAUCAACUUCAUUCUAUCUAACACUCCACAGACUACUCAUUCAUGAAUAAAUUCAAGCUACUCUUACAUCUGCUGAUAUUUUUGGCCUGCAAAACUUCCAGUAGUAGUAAAUUCCAUGUUUCUCAUGGCUUGUUUGAAAAUGUUUUUGUUUUGAAUCUGCACCUUCCAGUUUCAAAUGUUUCUUUUUGUUUGUUUUGAACCUGCCACCUUCCAGUUUCAAUGGAAAUUAUUGUGUGGUGGUGUUUGGAACUCAGUGAAUUAUGUUUAGUGGAUUAAAUGGUACAGUUUAUUUUAUAUAGUGCACGAUUGUGUUUGUUUUUGCAGAUGAUUAUGUUCUUUAUAUGUUAAACGGAGAUAUAAAUCAUUUUGAAUUUGAAUGUUCUGCAAAGGUGAUCUCAGAUAUUAAUGCCACUAAUAAAGUUAUUUUAAGUAUAUUGAA